CUUUCUGGUGUUUCAAAAAUGACGUUUGUGUGAAAAAAUUUUCUGGGUGGAAUAUAAUGAAAGCUUGAAUUAUUUUCAGCCAUUGGUUAUGACUUCAACACCAACACCUACAAAAGAAAGUGAUAUUGCAAGUACAAAGACCAUUCAAAACAGAACCAAAUUUUUAAAAAAUCAAUUAAUUGCAACAUCUGGAAAAACUAAAAAUGUAAUUAUUAAACAAACUGGAAAAGUUGUUAAGUCAUUUUCUUCCAACGACAGACAAUCUAUCUUGAGCAACGCAAACAAUCCUCAAGCAGAAAUUGAUGCUGAAUCAUUGGUGGCUAUGAAAGUUGAUAUGGGUAUACCUUGGGAGAAAUUGAAGACAAUGGGCAGAUGGCUGAAAACAUUUGACAUACAGCCUGCAUCACAUAACAAGCAAAGACAAGUUGCAAAAGCGUGGUGUGGUGAGGAUGUUAUAGUUGAAGAUGCACCAUUUACAUUCCCAGUUAAGGAUAUGAAGGGGGGUUUUACAAUCCAAACAGCUCCAUGGGCCUAUAUCAAUGAAUUACCACAACACAUUGUUAAUCAUUUAGACUCAUUGGCAGAACGCAAUCUCAUGGUUGACCAUUCAUUCUUGAAUAAUGAGAUCCAAAUAAAAUUAGGAGGAGACCAUGGCGGCAAAUCUUUUAAGAUGAAUUACCAGCUGUGUAAUUCAUCAAAGCCAAAUAAUAAAGAUAAUACAGUGGUUUUCAGCAUAUUUGAGGCCAAAGAUUAUAGAUCUAACUUGAUGGUUGGUUUGUCCAGAUUCACCAAACAAAUAGACCAGUUAGAACAAAUGAAAUGGAGGGAGGCAUAACUGUUUAUUUUGCCACAUUACAAAAAAAGAAAUGCAGAAGCCCAAAGCUGAAACAAAAGCAGUUUCCCAGCGAACUUUAAAAUCUUUGACAGAUGACUUACUGGCAUUUCGCCAGUCAGGAGGUGACAUCAAAAAUGCAAAACACUUUAACAAUGUAAUUCAUGAACGGUUAUUCAACAUUCCAAUUGACCAGGUUGCAUUGCCUGCACUACACAUCUCCUUAGGAACCUUCCUUAAAAUAUUUAAUAUGCUUGAAACUGCUUGCUCAGAUUUGGACAUCAAAUUGACAGCAAAUGGCCAAAAUUUGGAUCCUGAUGCAUUAACUUUUAUUGAGAGAUGCCAGAAAUUGAAAGAUUGUAAGUGGGUUAUAAAAGACUGCGAGGAAAAGAUUGAACUCGUUAAUCAGGCAUUGGCUGUUGAAAUUUUUCGAAAUCCCGAAAAUGCAAAUGAACUCUGGAACAUAUAUUAGCCUAGAAUAGUAUUCUUAAGAAACAAGUUAAAAGAAAAGUCUAACGAGGCUGAAAAAAUUCAAAACGAGUCAGGAACAGAGCGAUGGGAUAGUCCUUGUACAAGGAAACUUGAUGAAACUUUAAAACUGUUGAAUGUUGAACGACAAGCGUACCACGGGCGGAGUUUUGUUGGCAACCAUGUGCAUAAAAUGCUCAAGGAUGAUAACAUCAUGAAACUUUGUAACUCGAUACCUGAGUUGAUAUGUCACAUGGGAUAUAGAGGUACAGAUGUUCAUAAAGAAGCCAUUGGAAUCUGUGUUAAGUUCAAGAAGCUUUUCUAGUACUAUGCACAAUGUCAUGCGUUAAUGAACAGUAGAGAGAAAUUUGACGAGAAAAUGUUGAAUGGUUUAGAAACUGCAAUUGAAAACUUCAUGAACUAUCACCGAAAAACUUGGCCAGAUGCGUCGAUUACGCCAAAGUUACACAUGCUGGAAAAUCAUGCGAUUGAUUUUGUCAGAAGAUGGGGUACAGCAUUUGGUUUUUAUGGAGA